UGAGAUCAAUUGAUUGAUCAUGGUGAUGAUGACGACGACGACGAUCUGAAAGUUGACUAGAGGCGCGGAGAAUUUCGAGAAUGUUGGAAUUGGAUGCAUGUAAAAGCCAAUUUUAUUUGGUUCCUCCUUGAUUAUUCUGAUACGUCGUCGUUUCUCCGAUCGAAUCUAGUUCCUUUCUCUAAGCCCACCAUUGUACCCAGAGGAUACCGAGAUCGCAGAUUUAAGGCGAGGCUUGUCAAAUCUCAAUCAAUCGAGAUUGGCAUUCGUAAAGUCGGAGACUUUUCUUGAAUCCGGGUUCUGGAAUCUCCGAUGGAUAGUUCGAGUGACAACGAGGGUGAUUACGACGGAAGAAACGAAGGAGGAUCCACGUCGGAUUAUCGAUUGCUGGGUCGGCAAGUUACGGUUCAUCAGUUCAUGGGCGGUGGCAAAGCUGCUGACUUACUCUUAUGGAGGAAAAGAAACCAUUCGUUGGGGGUCAUCGUUUUAUCAACCGUAGCUUGGCUUAUAUUCGAGUUUUCCGGAUUGCCUUUCUUAUCUGUUUCUUCAGAUGUCUUACUGAUCGUUGUCAUACUAUCAUUCGUCCUUGCCCAGGCUUCUGGUUUUAGGAGCAGACAUGUGAAUUCGUUACCAGAGCUUGUUCUAUCCGAGGAAAUGGUUAAUAGUGCCGCAGCUUCCUUCCGUGUCAAACUUAAUCACUUGCUUGUUAUGGCUCAUGAUGUCACAGUUGGCAACGAUUUUCGCCUCUUCUUCAAGGUGGUGAUUUGUCUAUGGCUUCUUUCUGCCAUUGGUUGCUAUAUUUCUUUCUGCACUCUUGUUUAUAUCGGGACCAUCCUAUCUGUAACAAUACCGGCUUUGUACAGCAAAUAUCAAAGCAAAGUAGACAAGUGUUGCGGUUUGAUUCACAGGCAAUUUUCUCAUCACUACAAGUUAGUUGACGAAAAUGUUAUAAGCAGACUCUCAUGGAGCUUUUCCAAGGAUAAAGAUUCCUGAGCUUUAGUUUGGUUGAUUUUUGAAAAUGCUUUUACUCGUCUUUCUUCACUAGCUGAGUUUUCUUCUUAUCUUACCAUGUGUAGUAUGUAACUAAAUGACAAUGUCAAUGAUGAAUAUAUGAGAUGGUACCCCAUUUGCCCAGUAA